UUAUCAUAACAAAAGCACCCAAAGAAGUAUUCAAGAAGAACUCAAAUAAAGGCAACAGUUUGUUGCUUUUGAAUUAUACUUGUAUCCGCUACUAUGAACAAUAAGCUCAUUCUGCGAGUGACUUGUGCAAGGUGCUGUAUCUGAAUUUUUAAGGCAUUUAUUUAAUCUACGCAUUUAUUCUUUUUUUUUUCUGUUUCUCUCUUUAACAUAUCCAACUUCACUAUGACCACAACAGAAGUGGAACCAACGGAAAGAUCUCCAUUGUUAAAGCAUCAGAAUGAGAUAAGAAACAGCAAGUAUCCCAUACUUGAAGAUGAUACAGGCGAUAUAGUUACCGUUGUCACAAGCCCCAACAGUCCUUUACAAAAGUCACCAAGUGCUGAAGAGAUAUUAGAAAGAAGGUUGAAUGGAGCGCCUCGAUGGACAAUUUUUCUAGGUUUAUGGGUAGGCGUUGCCUUGGCUUCAUUGGAUGCGUCUAUUGUAGCAACCAUCUACCCACAAGUUGGUACUGAAUUUAAAAGAUCAAACGAAGUAGUUUGGAUAGCAACAGCAUAUAUGUUGAGUUAUACAGCUCUACAGCCGUUAUACGGUCGUAUUUCGGAUGCAUUUGGUAGAAGAACAUCGUUGCUGUUUGCUACAGCUGUCUUUUUCAUUGGCUCUGCCAUGUGUGGUGCAUCCUCCACACUGUGGAUGCUGGUUGUCUCCCGUGGUAUUGCCGGGAUUGGCGGAGGAGGCAUGAAUACUGUAUCCGCUGUGAUCACUAGCGACUUGGUUUCUUUGAGAGAAAGAGGAAAAUACCAGGGUUAUGCCAACAUUGCUUAUGGACUUGGUUCUGUUGUCGGAGCACCUUUGGGUGGCUUGAUUACUGAUAAGCUGAGUUGGAGAUACUGCUUUUAUAUCAACUUGCCUCUUUUAGUAGUUUCACUUUAUGUUGCUAUCUAUUUACUUACGGACUACAACUUGGAGGAACAAGAAGAAAAGUCAUUUAUCAAAAAGCUCAAAAACAUCGAUUACAUGGGCGCAUCUGCUAUUGUAUCAUCUGUUGUCUCCUUUCUACUGGCCACUUCUAUGGGCGGAAACUCUCGUCCCUGGAGUGAUCCGCUAGUAUAUGGACUGCUCAUUGCUUCUGUUGUACUCGGCGUUAUCUUUUGCUUGGUUGAAAAGUACAUUGCACGCAGUCCACUGAUGCCAUGGCAAAUCAUUUCAAGCCGUACUCCAUUAGCCUGUGCCCUGAGCAACUUCUUUGUUAUUAUGGGGUCUUUUGCUACGACUUAUACCGCUCCUCUAUUCUUCCAAGGCGUCCUAGGCUACACUCCCUCCCAAGCUGGUCUUUUCUUUUUGCCUAAAGUGACGGCUAUGUCUAUUGGAUCUCUGUCCUCUGGUUUUUGGAUGGCACGUACAGGAGAAUAUCGCAAAUUUAUCAUUGUAACAUCCUUUAUAGCAGCAUUGGCUAUGAUAGGCACCAGUACUUGGACACACGAUACAUCAUUUUCAUUCAUCAUUAUCUGCUUAAUCCUCGAUGGAUUUUCUUCUGGAGCUAUCAUUACUUCUACCCUUGUAGCUAUGCUCUCCUGUGUGGGCAGUGGAGAAAUGGCAACGAUUACUUCUGUUUCUUAUCUAUUCCGAUCAACAGGCGGUGUUAUAGGUGUAUCAGUCACGUCAGCUAUUUUUCAAGGCUUAGUGAAGAAGAUAUUGACGGAGAGAAUAAAGGGGCCCGAUGCUGAAAAGGUUAUUGAUAUUGCCCGAAAAUCCAUGACAGAGGUUAGAGACCUUCUUUCUCCAGAAGCAUUGGCAAUCGUAUUAGAUACCUUUGAAAUUGCCGUACAUUACUCCUUUUAUUUCUGUGUUGUCGUGUCCAUUUUUACUGUUAUAGCAUCACUAUUUAUACAGCAAUUUACUCUUCAUGCUCGUAUAAAAUAAUAUCACUCAGUUGCGUGCCUUUGAUAGGCAAAAAGCUAUCUAUGUCAAUAAAUUAUAUCCAUUCUAAUAUAACAGCCGGUUGAAUUACUGACUGUUGAAAAAGAAAGAAAAAAAGGGCC